GACUUAGGACGGAGAGCAAACCUGGUAUUGAGGCUUGCAAAGUCACUUUCCCGGCAGUGGGAGCAAGUUUCCUGGAGGGGCAGGGUUGUAGGUGACCAAGAUGCAGUUUUCUGGAAGGAGGAGGAAUCUGAGGUUGGCCGGAGACCAGAAGAGUGCUUGUUACCCGCAUAGCCUUCAGUUUUACCUGGAGCCACCUUCUGAAAACAUUUCUCUGAUAGAGUUUGAGAACUUGGCUAUUGAUAGACUUAAAUUACUAAAAACAGUUGAAAAUCUUGGUGUGAGCUAUGUGAAAGGAACUGAGCAAUAUCAGAGUAAACUGGAGGCUGAAAUUCGAAAGCUCAAGUUUUCCUUCAGAGAAAACUUAGAAGAUGAGUAUGAGGCACGAAGAAGAGAUCAUAUUUCUCAUUUUAUUUUGCGCCUUGCUUAUUGUCAGUCUGAAGAUCUUAGACGCUGGUUCAUUCAACAAGAAAUGGAUCUCCUUCGAUUUCGAUUCAAUAUUUUACCGAAGGACAAAAUUCAAAAUUUCUUAAAGGACAGCCAUUUGCAGUUUGAGGCUAUAAGUGAUGAUGAGAAGAGUCAACGAGAGCCGGACAUUAUUGCCUCCUCACCGAGUUUAAGUGGUACUCAGUUGGAAUUUGAAUCAGUGUAUAAGAUCCCUUUUGCUGAUGCUCUGGAUUUGUUCCGAGGAAGGAGAGUCUACUUGGAAGAUGGUUUUGCUUAUGUGCCACUUAAGGACAUUGUAGCAAUUAUCCUCAAUGAAUUUAGAGCAAAGUUGUCCAAGGCUUUGGCAUUAACCGCCAGGACUUUGCCUGCUGUGCAGUCAGAUGAGCGACUUCAGCCUCUGCUCAACCACCUUAGCCAUUCCUACACCGGCCAGGAUUACAGUGUGCAGGGAAACACCGGGAAGAUCUCUCUAGAUCAGCUCGACUCGCUUUCAACCACAUCCUUCCCACCCUGCAUGCGCCAGCUACACAAGGCCUUGCGGGAAAAUCAUCACCUCCGGCAUGGAGGCCGCAUGCAGUACGGGCUCUUCCUGAAGGGCAUUGGCCUAACCCUGGAGCAGGCUCUGCAGUUCUGGAAGCGAGAGUUUGUCAGAGGAAAGAUGGAUCCUGACAAGUUUGAUAGAGGUUACUCUUACAAUAUCCGCCAUAGCUUUGGAAAGGAAGGCAAGAGGACAGACUAUACACCAUACAGCUGCAUGAAAAUUAUUCUAACCAACCCACCAGGUCAAGGGGAUUACCACGGGUGCCCAUUCCGUCACAGUGAUCCAGAGCUGCUGAAGCAGAAGUUGCAGUCGUACAAGAUCUCUCCCCAAGGGAUAAGCCAGAUUUUGGAUUUAAUAAAGGGGACACAUUACCAGGUAGCCUGUCAGAAGUACUUUGAGAUAAUACAUAAUGUAGAUGAUUGUGGCUUUUCUUUGAAUCAUCCCAAUCAGUUCUUUGUUGAGAGCCAACGGAUCCUGAAUGGUGGUAAAGACAUCAAAAAGGAAUCUAGCCAACUGGAAACUCCUCAAGCCAAACCAAGUGUCCCAAAAACCAAGGAUGUAUCAUCUGCUCUGGCCUCUUUAAAUUCCUCCCUGGAAAUGGACAUGGAGGGACUGGAAGAGUACUUUAGCGAGUAAUAUCGGACAGCUUAGGAACCUUCUCCCCACUACCCAUCACUUCCUACUUUUAAGAUUUUUCCUUUUUUUGUUUGUUUGUUUUUGUUUGACUUCUCUUUCUGCCCUAACUCAGUCCAUGUACACACAUACACAUGAGUCGUACUUUAGGACUGGUUAAAGUCCCCAGAAAAGGUAAAGUCCCCCAGUUCAGCUAAAGAGAACUUUUAACUCUUAUCAUUCUGUAAUGUUGACCCUUUCCCUUUUCUGGACCAUUUUGGCUAACAAAUACCAAAAUGUAUAUAUUUAUGUUUCUGUGUCCUUGGGAGUCUUACAACAGAUUGAACAUUACUGCAGUAUUUAAAAUGUCUAAUACCACUACCAACUACCACUGAUGAUCUUGAACUUUUGUUUUGAGUCCGCUUAUCUGUGGUUAUUCUAUAUCAGCAAGGAGCAUUUUGGACCAUUAGAUGGUAACAAACUCUACUGAAAUGAAUCGUGACUUGAGAAUGAGGAGAAACAAUUUGCGUAGCCAGUUGCAGUAAGGCCUGGGGAUAUUAGAUACUUCCUGGAGCAAGUAACUCUGAUGUGUUUUCUCCCAGCAUGGAACUUUCAUACCUUACAAUGUGUGUGAAUUGCCAAAUAGGUUGGGCAAAUUCACUGAGAUCAGUAGUGAGUACUCUGGUAUGGACAGUAACCCUCCUCUCCUUGCUAGCUCUGAGAGGUCAGCUGUGCAGGGCAAGGCCUGACGCUGUGUGCACUGCGCUGUGAUGGCCUUACCUGGCUGCAGUCCUGCCCAGCAUCUCCACUCACUCACUAUAGAAGUAACUCUUCCUUAGAAUUACCUUGGAUUAUGUGAAAAAUUUUAGUCCUUUCAGGUACGGAGAGAUACUUUUCCUUUAUUCUCUUGAGUUAGGUGCUAAGUUGAAAAGUGGGUAUGAUAGUCAGAAAACUGAAUUGUUAAGAGCACUGCAUUGUUUAAUCUUGUGAUAAUAUGAAAGGGAUUCACAUAAGACCAAGUCACCAGAACGUAAAAGUAUCAGCUAAUUGGGGUUUUAUUUUAAGCUCUCAGUCAAAGAUUUCUUGAGAUAUUUAGUAGCAUGUAAUUAAAUGAGAUACUAUCUGAAUGAAUUAUUAUUACCUAGUUUAGAAAAUAGCUUUAUUCCACUGCAGAUUACCUCUUUAAAUCUCUCCCUUCUGAAACCAUCUGCUACUCUUUCAUCAUUUAUAGUUCUCAAUAGGAAUCUGAUGAUUGCCUACCACUUUACCCAGGAACUGCAAAACCUUCAGUCUUUUUAAAUUUAAUAAUAUGAACAAGUGCUACGUGGAGCUGUUUCUACCACAGAAUUAAGCUAGCUUUAGAGCACUAAGCAUAGAAAUGUAGAUCUCUGUUGUAUUAAAGGAAGGGAAAUAUUAGAAGCAGUAGCACCGCUGUAGUUAAAUGAGAAGUCUUAGGACAGGAUGUUUCCUAGCUUUUUCUGCUGCUUUGUGUUCUCCUGUUAUGAAGCCUAGGCCCUACCAGCUAGAAUAGAAGCAUUAACAGCAUGGUAGAUGUAUUGUAGUGGACUAUUUAUUUUAUACCGGCAGCCCCAAGAAAUUGUGUCAACCUGCUUCAGUGUUUUAUAUGUGUCUAGUCAAGCUUCAGAAUGACACCUAUUUAAAUAUUAGUUGUAUUUACAAGUUCAAUCUCUUAGUAAUAAGGUUUGAUAUCCUGUUAUAUAUUACACAGAAGAAUAUAAACAUUUUGUGAAGUCUACAGAUUAGAGGAUAAGGGUUAGAGGCUCAUACAAGAAGAUAGAAAUUAAUGCUUUUCUGGUGCUUUUUGAACUUAGAAAAGGCAAUUUAUUUUUCAUGCUUCACCACUCCUGACAAUCUUGAUUUGUUUUCUUUGAAAGCCGACCUGUUCGAAUCAAAUGAUCUAGGAAGAACCCAAAAGAAAAAAGCCAGCAUCCUCUUCAAAACAGCAGCCAAUGAAAAAAGAUAUAGAGUUUCCAGAUCUUUUAACUUGUAGCCCUUUAUUAGCUCUUCAAGGAAAAGAGGCUGUAUGAUAAUCAAAAACAGAAAGAAACAGCAGAGGGCAAAGAGUAGGUUGGAAAUCUGUAGCUGGUUGAAGCAGUGUCGCUCGCAGUGGAGAUUCUGUUGUAUCCCUUUCAUGUUUUCCAUGGUGUCUCUGGUGCUCAUGGUGCUCUGUCCAUACAGCACAAAACCCUUGAUUUGCCAUGUGCAUAAUGGAACACUAGAGAGUUUAAAUCAUCUUUUUAGGACUUCUUAAAAUAUUACAGAGUCAUAAAGUGAAUAGUUAAUGGAUUUUGAAUGUGCUAGGAAUGGAAGAAAGCACCCAGAAAAAUCUUUAAUUCAUAUAGAAUGAUAAUAACCUGAGGGAUUUCUUCUCUCUCUCAAAGCACGCAGGGUGUUUUGCUUGCUGCACUUUGCUGUCUGAUACUCAACAUCUUUGCAAACAAACUUCAGUAAUUCUUUGCAAAGAAGAAAAGAAAACUUCUGAGAUUUAAGCUUGAAAGGCAAAAUGAGACAACUCUAAAGUUCUGGUUUGGUUAGAGUCUACUGUUUGCAAAUUUAAUCAGCGGCUUCCAGAGGCAUCAGCUUGACAUUAAAUUUAAGUGCCCAUUAAAGUGAGAGUUUGACAGCAGUUCUGAAUGUGAAGCUCAGUCUGAGGACAUCUUUACAGCUGGAAGGGAAAAAAAGUCAAGAAGCCUCAAACCACUGUGGUAAUUAGAUCCAUUUGUUAACUUCUUUUCUAAUGUUGGCUAAGGAAGUGGCAGGAAAGGUUGACAGGCUGGAACCAGGAAGGCAGUCCGUCCAGUGCUCCCUGGAGGGACUUGGACGGGCACACGGGCUUAGGUUGCAGAGAGCAGUAAAUAACCCCGCUGACAAGUGACAGAUGGAGUUCAGGACCAGUGCUGUAUUUAGUUGCUUCCUUUUCAGCAGCCUGAGCAGCAGUGUAUGGGGUUACACUCAGAACAGGUGUGCUGGUUUGCUUGCAUGCCCUUGGAAAGUGGUACUUGGGAGUCGGACCUUCGGUGGUACACUGCUGGCCCCAACAGUUAGACUUUCUCACAAGGCUGUCUAGGUUGCAUUCAGGUAAUUACUUAUUUACCCAAAGCAUCUGGCCUUCUCUCAGUUCCUUUUUGACAGGCUUUGCCCCAGCCUACAGCUGCUCGCUAAGAUUGGCAUUGUAGGCAAUUAGCUUUGUGACUCUGUGGAAAUCAUGUCACCUGUAGGAAAUUAUCUUCCUGUUUCAUCUGACUCUCCUACCAACAGGUAACCUAUUUUCUGUUAUUACAUUUGCUUCUAUUCUGUAAGCUCUUUUUAUUCACUGCAUCAUGACAUGUAGACUCUUAGCAAAGGCUAAAGAAUAUGUCUCUAUGUGAAGCUCGUGUAUUUCCCCUGAGCUUGGCAGGACUGUUUUUGAACAUCAGUGACAUGGUAGUGAAACAACACUACUAUUGUAAUAAAUGCCCUGCGUUGCUAGGUAUUCAUUCUCUAUAAUACAACUAUAAGGCUCUUUAAGGUUUGAUUUUGCUUUAGUUUGCUCUGAGAGUGUAGAAAAUGUAAAUUCAACAAGUAAUGCAUUUAUGAUUCUUUGUAAUAAGAGAACUCACCAUCUCAAGCAGACUUUUCUGACCACCACCCUUUCAGUAUAUUUAUUUAAAUUUUACCUUCUGUGUGGGUCAUAGAAGAUACCAAAAUUAAUACUGGUUCUAAAGGCCAUGAGGAUACGUAUUUCUCUUUAAUCUUCCCCUUUUUUGAAUUGAAUUGUGACUUCUCUUUCGCCCUCAGCUCUUGCUGUUCCAUACAGCUCCUUCCUGGUCAUCUUCUCCCUUCUGGCCUCCCUGAGUGAGCUUACCUGUUCCUGUGCCAUUGCUCCUAUUCAUAUGCAAACCAUCAUCAAUGCUGUGACUCUGUCUCCACAGCUGAAGUUUCUGGAUCAUAUCCACUUUUGUAGAUCAUAUCACGUCCAACCACCCCUUGGGCCUCUUCGCUAGGGUGUCCCACAUCCACUGCGCAUUCCCAGUGCCCAAAAUCCAGCCUGUCCUUUUUCUUCGUGUCCCCUUCCCUACUUCUUACUUGUUGUCCUUGAAGAAACCCCAGUUUCCCUUGACGUAUCUCUUACCAUCACCACUAUCCAAGUUCACCUGGUUUUGUAUUAUUAUCAGCAUGUCUAAACCAGUGUGUCUCAACUGAGGGUAAUUUUGCCCUGCCGGGGACAUUUGGCACUGUCUAGAGACAUUUUGGUUUGUCACAACUGGAGAGGCAGCUAGGGGAUGGAGGCCAAAAAAGCUGCUUAAUACUGUGAGACAACUCUCUACAACAAAUGUCUGGCUCACAGUGCUGGCGAGGCAGAGAUGAGCGUCCCUGUGCUGAGCAUUUUCCUCUCCCCUCUCUCUGGUGCCACAUGGGGUUAUUCUUUUAUCACUAUGAGUCACCUAGUCUCCAUUUGUCUUCCCUAGGCCCCAUCCCACACUCUCCCUCAAACAAAACCAAAGUACUUUUUCCCACCUAAUGUUUAUACUCACACCACUCUCCAUACAUGGAAGUCCUGGGCCUGUUACGCUGUGUGCAUGGCCCUCCAUAUUGGCUCUUGCCUGCCGCUCCAGUUCCGUCUUGCCAUUGACCUCAGUCUAACGCUGUACCAUGACAGCCGUUCCAAGAGAGAUCAAGCUUUCUGAAACAUCACAGGCUCCCUGCAUCUGUUCUCCUGUUGCUAGAAACACUGUUUUUGGCCUUGCUCCAUGCUUUCUGCUUUCUCUGACAGCCCCAGUAUGGGUACGGUGUCCCUUCUAGGACACCUAACAAAUAUUGUAGAUAUUAUCUUAUAAAAUCAGUCCUUCUCAUUUCUCCUUUAAGUUGUGUAUGUCAGUAUUUUGUCCCAGUUGUGCAAAACUGACCAAUAAGAGGGAUAAAAUGGAUUCUUGCCCCAGACCAGAGCCACUGAUUGCUCUGUAACCUUGGUUACGUUCCUGAGUUUUCUCAUGCCCCAUUUGCUUGGCUUGUGAAGAGGAAAUGUUAUUCACCGCAUUAUUCUAUUAGGUAAUGUUCCAUCCACUGCACUUGGAAUACUGUCUGGCACAUGGAAAUAGUUACAGAAUGUUAGAUGUUGCUAUUGGUAAUAAACUUUCCCGCAAAUGUUGCACCUCGA